AUGUCGAGUUAUAUGAAUGAUGAAAAUAAUGAUAGUUCAAAUGAUCUUCUUCAUCCACUUAUGUCUGUUAAUAAUCGAUUUGAUUCAGGUUAUUUAACAUUAUCAUCUUCAUAUUUAACAUCUCCAUCUCGUUUAUCACCAUCUAUUGUUGUUUUUAAUCAAUAUGAUUCUCCAAUAUCUGAAUAUAAUAUUCAAUCUCCAAUAAAUCCUAUAAAACAAAAAUUUCAUUCAAUAAUUGAUUAUGAAAAUUAUAUAACAACAAGAAAAUAUUUUGAUAUAUUAACACAAUUAUAUUAUCGUAAUACAUAUCAUUUAAUUGAUAAUAUAUUAAAAAAUUUAUCAAAUAAUGAUUUAUAUUAUUGUUUAAAUGUAUGUAAACAAUGGAAUUUUAUUUUAAAUAAUUAUUAUCAACGUAAACGAACAAAAAAUGUUAAACGAAAUUUAUUUAAUAAUAAUAAUAAUACUAUUGAACAAUCAUUAAUAAUAAAUAAAAAAUUAACAAGUACACCAAUGCAAACAAUAACAAAUACAAUUCAUUCAAGAUCAACAAUACCAUUUAAUAUUGAAAUAACAAAUAUAGAAACAAAUAGAAUUCAAUCUCAAAAUCAAUCAACAGAAGAUAAUAUUAAUCUUACUGCAAGUACAAUGACAUUUCGCUAUGGAUAUUUAAAAUAUUUACAUGGACCAACAAUUCCUAAACGUUGUCCACUUUGUGGUUUUGUUUCUAUUGUUGAUGUGAAUGAUCAGCAUGGUAUUUGUACAAAUCCAUUAUGUCAAAAUAAUUUUUGUCAAUAUUGUUCAGGACCUUAUCAUCCAUCAAGUCCAUGUAAAACAACAAUAGGUCCAAUAAAAUCUCCAUGGCGUAAACGAGCUUCUAUAUCACCUAUUUUUUCAAAUAAAACACGAAAUAAUUUACGACGAUUAUUAAUGCGUUAA